AUGUCUGAAGGUGUAGCAUCAAACAUACAGCAACAGCCAAACGGAAAGGCACCAGCGAUCCAGCGUGAUCCUCAGCAGCAACAGCAAGGAGAACCUGAAGCCUCGGGUGUCGGUUUUCGUCCUCACCAUGAUCUCAUCAGCGUUCAACCUGCUCGUCUAGAUGAUUUACAGCCUAGAUAUGCGCAGGUACUUCGGCCUGAUGAAGAUAACCCUGCUGCCCACAGCUGGUACUCUAGCUUCAUGCACGGGCUGGGAGAGAUUAUUGGCAACUUGGGAGCAAUACCUUGCUGCAUCUGCUGCCCUAAUCCCUUCACACCUGUCAACCAAGGUCAGGUUGGACUAGUGACCAAAUUUGGUCGUUUUGAACGAGCUGUCGACCCCGGCCUUGUUAAGAUCAACCCGCUCAGCGAGAACUUGACCACUAUCGAUGUUAAGAUCCAGAUCGUCGAGGUCCCCCGUCAAGUCUGUAUGACCAAAGACAACGUUACCCUUCACCUGACUUCUGUUAUUUACUAUCAAAUUACCUCUCCCCAUAAGGCUGCCUUUGGCAUUACCGAUAUCCGUCAGGCAUUGGUUGAAAGAACACAAACCACUCUUCGCCAUGUCGUUGGCGCUCGUGUGCUACAAGACGUCAUUGAACGACGUGAGGAGCUUGCCCAGUCUAUCGGGGAAAUCAUCGAAGGUGUUGCUGGUGGGUGGGGUGUCCAGGUUGAGUCCAUGUUGAUCAAGGAUAUCAUCUUCAGCAAUGAGCUCCAGGAAUCUCUCUCCAUGGCUGCCCAGUCCAAGAGAAUUGGUGAGAGUAAGAUUAUUGCUGCUCGUGCAGAAGUUGAGGCUGCCAAGAUCCGAUACCUCGAUACCAUGCAGGCAAUGGCCAAGAGUUCCAACUCCAAGGUUAUUUUCCUCCCUGCUGCCAAUAACCAGGCCGUUAUGCAAGCUGCUCUCGCCAACGAGGCCGGAGAAGGAUCCAGCCGUCAAGUCAAUCCCUUCGAGCAGGAUGGAGGCGACGGUUUCCAAACCGCCAUGAACGCCCACGUCGUAGAGAACAUCUGA